UAGAGGCUGUUAAAAAUUCCCAUAAAACAACCUUUUGUUGUACUUUCGGCACGUUCCUGCCUAAAACGUAAUAUGUCAGACCGUUCUUUUCCUACCGGUUAUUCUUGUAGUGUCGCGCGUGAGUGCGCGUGAACGCGUGAAGAACACUGAAGAAGAAUACGAUACCCGCCUCACAAUUUUCAUUGGUCCAGCAUGUCCGCCAAUGAGUAAGCUGCGCAUAAGGCAGCACGAGCCACGGCAGCGUCGGGACGCUGACGCCGACGCCGUCACCGUCCCUGUCCGCAGCAUGUGUCUGGUAGCGUCCAGCUACUGCACUGUAUGCGAUAAAACAUAAAGAAACCAUUUUACCCUCCACAUAGAGCAUUCGAUCGAUACUUCCUUCGUUGCCAGAGACAUAACUGUAAACAGGAUGUCGUGGUUACUAAGGAUAUUACCAGGGCAACCAAGAAUAUCACCAGGGUAUUAAAGGAUAUCCUCAAGUCACUAGUAAGCAUUCUUAUUAACAGCAUAAAACAUAUAAUGCUAACAGAUAAAAAUAUCCUGAGUACAGUAUCUUUACAGCGACGUGCUUACGAGCGUCAUCGAUCAAGAGUUAAGAAUGCUACGUCGACGGUGGAUGUACAACCCCCUCCAGGGAGACCACACGUUAUUUUCGACGCGAAAAGGAAUCAGCUCGAAAGUGGAAGACAGGCUGAGAUACUGAGGGAGAAUUUUAUUCUUCUGAAGAAACUUCAUAACAUCAUGCACAGACGUGAAGUUAACGACCUUUCCAGACAGAAAUCAGGUUGUGUUAGAACACGAUAAUCAUUGUUAUAGGCAUUGCAAUUGGAUACAACUAACGUGAAUUCUCGAUUGAUGUCAUCAAGCAAUGAAUAAAUAAAAUUGACAUA